AUGGUCGCCAUCAAGAACCUCAUCUACUUCAUCGCCGUAGCAUCCGCCUACGUGGUCCGCCGCGACGCAGCCGCCAUCAACUCCGACCUCCGCGCCAUCAACCAAGACACCCUCGACCUCAAAGCCGCCGCCGACCGCUACAGCGGCGGCCUCUUCGGCGCCCUCCCCGUUCAGAACGCCGCUGGCGACCUGGAAGCCACCAUCAACGAGGCCACCGACACCGCCAAUGCAUCUGCUCCCGUCAACGACUCCGAGGCUGCAUCCAUUAUCAACUACAUCAACACGACCUUGUCACCGAAUGUUGAUGCGACGUUGACGAGUAUUGAGAAUAAGAGGACCCAGUUUACGAAUGCUGGGUUGAAGGGGACGGUGCAGCAGACGCUGGCUACGUUGAGGCAGGAUACGAAUGAGUAUGGACAGGCGUUGUUGGCAAAGGCGCCGGAGAGUGCGCAGGCUGAUGGACAGGCGGUUUUGGCCAAGAUUGAUAAUGAUUUUGCUGAGACGCAGGCUUUUUACGCCUAG